AUGGGUGAACUGGGGCUGGCCGAACCCCCAGCGGUGGAGCCUUCAGUGGCUCACCACCUCCACCCAAACCGCCGCUCUCUCUCAGCCUCCCACAGCAUUCCUCUGCCUACCAAGACAGAGCGGCUCACCGCCUCUAUGUUUCAAAGGAUGUACAUGCAGGGCUGCGGCCGUGUGAUGGGGCUCGCAGUCGCAGGUGAGAGGGCCUUAUGGCUGAACCUGUCAGGCCUGAGUGACACACAGAAGGCGGGAGUCAUGGACGCAACAUAUGACCCCACCAAAGGUCUAUUUGGCCCAGCUCUGGAGAAGAUGAGAGAGGCCAGCACCCUCAGAAAACAGGAGGGUGAAGCCUUCGACCUCUGCCUGCCCCGGAGGCACACACCCCGUCCCCAGCAGGGACAGAGAGUCCCUGCAGGGGGAGCUCUCGCUCCUCCCAGGGGAGAUCGCUCUCUCCUGGCCAGGGAGGUGACGUCACUGCAAUGCGACUACAAGGGUCCACUCUCUGUCCGAGCGGAUAGAUGGCGCGCAUGCGCAGUUCACUCAUGGGUUCUAUCCACUGUUUGUCAGGGUUACAGACUGCAGUUUGCUAUGAAACCACCCAGAUUCAACGGUGUGUUAGUUUCUAUGACAAACGGGGAUGCGGCACAAGUCCUACAGGACGAGAUAACAUCCCUAUUAAACAAACAAGCGAUCAGAGCUGUGCCGAGCGAGGAAACGCAUCAGGGGUUUUACUCCCGCUAUUUCCUCAUUCCCAAGAAAGGGAGCUCGUUGCUUCGCCCGAUUUUGGAUCUCCGUGUGUUAAACAGACAUCUACGAAAAUACACAUUCAGGAUGUUAACACACAAAGUGCUCUGUCGUUCAAUCCGCCCGGGGGAUUGGUUUGUAACGAUAGAUCUUUCAGAUGCAUAUUUCCACAUCGCCAUUUAUCCUGCACACAGGAAAUUUCUCAGGUUUGCGUAUCAGGGCAGAGCCUACGAAUACCAAGCCAUCCCAUUCGGGCUGUCAUUAGCACCGAGGGUGUUCACCAGGUGUGUGGAGGCGGCGCUGUCUCCGUUGAGGAACAGCGGUAUCAGAAUAUUUUCGUACAUAGACGACUAUCUGGUCUGCUCCCACUCUCGGGAGCAGGCUGUCAGAGAUUCCACUACGGUGAUAACUCAUCUCAGGGAUCUGGGGUUCAACAUAAACUGGGCGAAGAGCCGAGUGGAACCCGCGCAAUGUACGGAGUAUUUGGGUCUCAAAAUAAACUCCCUCUCUUAUCGCGUCACGCUAUCGGAGGGGAGACUAGCGUCUCUGGGGCACUGCCUCUCCCUUUUCCGGCUGAGCAAAGCCGUGCCAUUCAGAUUAUGCCUGCGCCUGCUCGGCCUGAUGGCGUCAGCAGUGUCUGUGGUACACUUGGGGCUGCUAAUGAUGAGAGAUUUUCAGCGUUGGGUGGCAGCAUUACACAUGUGCCCACGCAGUCACCUCAACCGGAGGGUGAAAAUAACCGUAGCGUGCAUAGCAGCCCUUCACCCGUGGAGAGACACGGUGACUCUCGCGUCAGGUGUCCCGCUUGGGGCGGUGUCAUCCAGGUUAACCAUGACAACGAACGCGUCCCUGUCAGGAUGGGGAGCGACGUUGUGGGGGAGAACAGUGAAUGGCACAUGGAGCCGGAGAUUAGCCCAGGCUCACAUAAAUGUCUUGGAGCUUAUGGCAGUGUUUCUGGUUCUGAAACAUUUCCUGCACUUUCUCCAAGGUCGUCAUGUUUUAGUGAAAACAGACAAUUCCACAGUGGUCGCAUACAUCAACCGCCAGGGCGGCACUCGCUCACUGCAGCUACACAUGUUAGCUCGCAGGGUGAUUUUGUGGAGCAGUGUGAGACUGCUGUCUCUCCGAGCAACACACGUGCCGGGCGUUUUAAACAGAGGGGCAGAUCUCCUGUCACGGGGGAAUCCUCUGUACGGAGAGUGGACUCUCCACCCACAAGUGGUGGAACAAGUCUGGCGGAGAUACGGUCGGGCAGCCGUAGAUCUCUUCGCCUCGCAGGAAAACACACAGUGUCCAAUGUUCUUCUCUCUGUCAGACGUAAAUGCACCGCUGGGUGUGGACGCUCUAGCUCACCCGUGGCCAAACGUGCUGCUCUAUGCAUUUCCCCCCCUCAGUCUCAUCUCUCCCACUCUGGCGAGGGUGAGAGGGCAGGGCCUAUCGUUAAUCCUGAUAGCGCCGCGGUGGCCAUCCAAGCACUGGUUGGCGGAGAUAAUACAGCUCCUGGUGGGAGAGCCAUGGCCUCUCCCCAUACGCAGAGACCUUCUCUCCCAAGCGGGCGGGGAAAUUUACCACCCCCACCCAAACCGCGUAGCGCUCUGGGCUUGGCCCGUGAGAGGUGGAACCUGAAUGCAUCAGGCCUGCCAGAGCAGGUCAUUGACACCAUUCAGAGCGCAAGGGCCGCGUCCACCCGCUCUCUUUACAGCGGAAAGUGGCGGGUUUUUGAGGAGUGGUGUGAACGUAGGGAUACAAUCCCUUUUCAGUGUUCUGUGGUGGACCUGCU